GCAUCUGACGUCAGAAUCUCGCUCCAAAGAUAAAGCUCCAUAUGAAGCACAGGGUUCUUCCGUGUGAGGAGAGCGGCCCGGCGGCGCGGAGCACCUGAGGACCCCACCUGAUCCUCGUCCUCCUCUUACGCACCAAGUCGGGAGCAGUCCGCGGCGCGCGGAGGGAGCGCGCGGCAGCCGAGCAGUGCCACACAGCCUUGCGCCAAAUGACGGCCAGUCUGGAAUAGAGACGGAAAGAGAGAGAGAGAGAGAGAGAGAGAGAGAGAAAAUGGGGAUGGCGAGUGAGGACCUGCUCGUGACACUGCAGAUACUGCCCGGUUUCUUUUCCAACUGUCUCUUCCUCGUCCUGUACGACUCCGUGGUGCUGGUGAAGCGCGUCGUGGCGCUGCUCAGCAGCUCCAGGUCCGGCGGCUCCGGAGAGUGGCGCCGCAUGUUGACCUCGGCGGGACUGCGCUCCAUCUGGAACAGCUUCCUGCUGGACGCCUACAAGCAGGUGAAGCUUGGCUGCGAGGCACCUAACUCCAAGGUGGUGAAGUUGCCAGAUGGCCCUCCGUGUAGCAGCAACCUCAGUAACGUGAUCAAUGUGCCAACUGCUGCCAGGAUUCGAAAUGGGGAUGAGUGCCGCCUUCUGGAUUUUGGCUCAUCGGACCGCCCUCUGGUGGUCAACUUCGGCUCAGCCACCUGACCCCCCUUCAUCAGUCACCUACCAGCUUUCCGGCAGCUGGUGGAAGACUUCAGCGAUGUGGCUGACUUUCUGUUAGUGUACAUAGACGAGGCUCACCCUUCUGAUGGCUGGGUGGCCCCUCCUAUGGGCCCCUUCUCUUUCAGUGUGCGAAAGCACCAGAACUUGGAGGAAAGGUUGGGAGCAGCUCGCAAACUCACGGAGCACUUUUCCCUGCCGCCACAGUGUCAGCUUGUGGCAGACUGCAUGGACAACAAUGCUAACGUGGCUUACGGUGUAUCCAAUGAAAGGGUGUGCAUAGUGCAACAGAGAAAGAUUGCCUACCUGGGUGGUAAGGGGCCUUUUUUUUACAAUCUGAAGGAUGUGCGGCAAUGGCUGGAACAGAGCUAUGGUAAACGGUAGGUGAAACCAAGGACAAGUACAGAGGAAGACAUUUCCCCCAUUUUUUUUCGGUUGGCAUACAAGAGGCAUGAGGAGAAUUGAGAAGUAGCGCCUUUUUUACUUUUGAAAUGAGGCCAUACCAGACUGUUCAAACUCAGAUGAACGUGUAAAAACUUGCUUCGACUCGUGCGAACUAGUCGGCAUGUUGAUCGGAAGCCACACACGAAGGAGACAGUGCACGUGCUUCAUCUGUAUUCAUGCCUGCUUCUGUUGCAAAAAAUCAUAUUUUACAUGAUUUCCAGACAUGAAAUUAAAAACCAAAUAACUGAAGUAUAAGAACUCACAGGUUCUUAUUUUAUAAAUAUGUUUGACAAUGGAAUUGGUUUUGAAUUAAUUGAUGGAGAGUUUAACAUUUGAAUAUUCUUAUUUUUGCACAUUUCAACAACUAAAAUUGUCCUUUCUCUCUGGAUAACUCAUGAUAAUGCAUACAGUGUUAAUUGUCCAUAUGACAGCUCUAUUUAUGACUAAGUAUUUUUUAUAUUAACAAUACUGAAUCACAGUAGAUUAAAUAUACGUUUUUUAAUAGAAAAAAAGACCUUUUUAAUGUCAAAGUUAAAAUGGAUAAAUCCAAUUUAUUCUAAGUAGCAAGUAUUCACACCCUCUAAGUCUUAAGGUCACAAGGUCACGACCUUGAGUCUAUGUCUCGGUAGCUUGAGCCUCACUGGAAACUGCUCAAGCUCUGUCAGGUUGUAUAGAGUUCACUAGGGAACAGUCCAGACACAAAUCCCUAGUGGGAUCGUGUUGUGGCUUCUGAUUCAAGUCACUCCAGGACAUUAUCAUUGUUUGGUUUUUCUUUAAGUGAUUCCUGUGUAGCUUUGAUGACUUCUCAAUCAACAACUUUUUCAAUCAGGAGAAACUUCAAAUGUCAAUUUAACAUUUUUUUUGGGCUGUGCACAACAAGAGGGGAAAGUGAUGUGACACGCGAGUCUAUGGUGCUUAGACCCCUCGUGAUGCCAUCGUGGUUGAAAGGGGGUGAGGCCCUGGGGUCUAGACACUGGUGAUGGUUGAUGGCAUGUAGAUAAUGCUGAGGGUCUGACAGAGAUGGUGAGUGGAUAUCCAGGGCACUAGGUAUGGAGACUGGAGGUGAUUGGGGAGGAGGAGGGUUCCAUCGAAGUCACUGAAAUGAGAGCUGAUAGGGAGAGUACAGAUUUUAAGUUUGACAUUGAUUGAGAUUGUGGCAAAAUCUGAUUGGAUUUACCGAAGACGCCCACAGUCAGCUGAUCCGAAGAGGCGGGGAGAGUGAGAGAGAGAGUUGUGAAUGAAAGGGUCAUAAAGAAAGUCUUCCGGAUUGAACUGACGUUAAGCUUCAUUUUCAGAGCAAGUGUUGGCUAAUGGACUUCAGCAGCCUCUCUCUGCCAAAUAGUGUCCCCUCUGUCCAUCAGUGUGCGGUCCAGAGCUGUGAGUUCAAAUUCUUUAUUCCUCAAUAUAUUUGUAAUUAGAGGUGCACUCUCUCUCUCCCUCCCCAGUGUUUGGAAGUUGGCUUUAUAAUAAAGUUGAAGAAAAAAACCCUGACUAAACUCAGGUGAACUCAAUCUCACCAAUAGAGUGGCUCCUACAACAAACUGGCUGAACAACUCAUGAUUUAGUUGUGUUCUAUAAACGGGUGUGAAUACUUUGUGUUUUGUAUCUGGAUUUUUUACUUGAGUGUAAUUCAUUUAGGUCAUUUUCUAGAGAUCACUUUUUACUAUGACACUUAAAGUGUCAAUGUCGCAAAAAAAAGGCCCAUUAAACCUACUUUGAUUCAAUGUUGUGGAAUAAUAAAAACACAAAAAACCUACAACGUGUUCUCCGAAGGCACAUAUCACCAGGUCAUGACAUUUCACAUCAUGUCACAUUAUGUGAUCAACACUGAGUAAACUAUAUGAAUUUCAAAUGGCAUAACAUUCAUUCCUGAUGGGGAGGCAGAAUAACUUGUAGCUAUCUAAAUUCCUGAGAUAUCAGCACCACUGCAAGCUGUUACAUGCAUUCAGAGGAAGGGACAUUAGUUUCUACACAUGUAGAUCCGCUUGUCUGAGAACUCGAGAGGUUUGACAGAGAUGUUGGGCUUACAAAAAUGCAUAUAUUUGUAAUACACCGUCCAUCCUGGACGACCUGUAUCACGAAGCUGCUUAUCAACAGUUUUUUUCUUUUAUUGUCUAUCCAGCCAUGAGUGUGUUCAUGUGAAAGAGAGUUGUUAAUUAAAAGCAAAGUAUUCAGAACCAUGAAUGAAGUACUUAAUAUGAAUUGACACCACUGGGACAUAAAAUUGGUUAAAGCAACUGCAGGAAAGUGAUAUGCAACAGGGGGAAAUCAGUUGGAUUGAACAAGAAGCUAUGGAAUUUGUCCUCACAUAUCAGAGUAAGGCUAAAACUAUAAAUAAAUGCAGGGAUUAGUAUGAACAGUGGUCUGACGAUGAACACUCUUCUUGUUUCUGCUGCCAAAGCAAAAGACAACAGGAGAGAGGCUUGACCCAUAAUCACUUUUACUAACAAAAGAAAUCAGAUAUUGUACUUUUUUCCCUUCAAAUAAUCAUCACACAUAUUCCUCAUGAUAUUGUUAUCUACUGUACAGUGAUGAAAUAUGAGCGUGGAAGCAUCAAUGCUGUCAGGAAUCCUGAUUAAAUAACCUUUGAACAAUUAAAACAUUAAUAAUCAUCAUUAUGUUUUUAUUCAAUGGGGUAAACCGUCCUUUCAUUCGUUAGAAGCUCUGCUUUAAAGCCAAAGUUUUAAAAUAGAAUAAUUGACUGAUCCAUAAGCAUGUCUAAUGUUAUUUAUUAUUGUAACUUUUAUGUUAACUCUUUUGUCCAUAUCAAGAUCCUGUGGUAAUGAUGACUUUUUUUUUCAACGGACAGAUUGGAAGGUAGUAGGGCCGUUGACAGGUCUUGAUCUGAGCCUCUGAGGUCGCUUCUCCAAUUCAAUUAUAUUUCAUUUGUAUAGCCCCAAAUCAUAACAUACAUUAUCUCAAAGCUCUUAACACAGUACGGUCAGACCUUACAGUAUUACAGGGCAGAUUAGCCAGGCAGCGUAGGUCACUAUAGUGAUUCACAGUUAAAAGCAGCUUCGUGAUACUGGAAAAUCCCAGAGAUUAGGAGAGUAGCCCAGGGAAGGAUAAUUUACUAAUCCUGCUUCAUGAUACAGGCCCCCUAUUCCAAAAAUCACUAAUGGACAAAUAUAGAGAGAACAACAAUUCUGGUGGGAGCUCGAUGGUUCCCCAAUUUUCACGCAGCAAUGCGUGUCCUAACAGUCAAUGUAAAAAUAUGCUGUAGAAACUAAUGUCAAAAAUAACUUGGAAGAAUUUCCUCACAUGGGCAAAGAAUGCCUCCAUUUGUUAUUCACUUCACUGCCUGCACUAGCAUUAGAAACACACAGAUCAGGACCCAGAGCCGGUUGCCAGGUCGGCGAGGAACUGAGUAGACCUGUGCACUGUUUAAUGUGUUUUAAGUCUUAAUACGGAACAUUUUGAUGUAGUCAUCAGUGUGGAUUUAUGAUGUUGUUUUUUUGAUUUUGAAGACAUUAGUGUCAGCGUUAAAAUUCUUUAAAUAUUGAAAUAUCCUCAACAUGCUUCAUGUGAACUUUUAGUGGUCAGUUAAGUGUGUGUAGUAAUGUGUGGUUCAGAUGGGUACUGAAUAUCUGUCGGUCAUCAUGCUGAAAGUGUGUAGAGGUGAAAUGGUGUGGUGAUGCGCAGAUGCUUUGGUCCGGUCACAGUGACAAAGGUGUGCAAAUGAAAACCUUUGGCGAAAGAGUCCCUGACUCAGCCUCUGGUCGGAUGUAAACUGCCCCUGGUCAAUGAGACACGGGACCAGAACAUCUGCUUUCAGUCUUCUAAAAAUACAUAUGCACCUAACUGAUGCACACAGAACUGAAAACUGUUCUCUAUUUCAGCUAUUGGACUUAUUUUUUGUCAUUACUGCUUAGUGCAAUGUUUUGUUUUUUUCUAGUAUCUCAACGAAAUAAAGGAGUAUGUUUGCUGCUGAAACAGUU